GGUUGAUGAUGUGUCUACUGCAUGUUUUCUUAUCAAUCAUAUGUUUUCUAUUAUUCUUCGUGGCGAGUCUCCGUUUCAUGUUCUUUUUCCAUGUAAGAAUGUGUUUCCUGUAGAGCCUAAAAUAUUUAGUAGUACUUGUUAUGUUCGGAUGUUAGGCCUCAAGUUACUAAAUUGGAUCAGAAGUCCUUAAAAUGUAUCUUUUUGGGGUACUCUAGAGUACAAAAGGGUUAUCGUUAUUUUUGUCCUAGUCUUAAUAGGUAUCUUAUUUCCAGUGAUGUCUCAUUUUCAGAACAUAUACCUUUUUUCAUUGACUCCACUGCUUCUCCUACUGAGGAGGAUGAUACAGAUUUUCUUAUUUACACUAUGACUUCUCCGGUUGUUCCUCCAUCUGAUUAUGCUAGGCCUCCUAUCGUACACACUUAUUAUCGCCAUCGUCCACCUUCCGUACCUGCUAUUGCUGAGUUGGUUCCCAAUACAUCUAUAUUGUGUCCCAUUCAACCAAUAUCUUCAUCGACAAAUCCUCCUUCAAGUGAUGAUCAUCUUAUUGCUCUUCAAAAAGAAGGCUUAGGCUCUCCUGGUUGGCGUGCUGCCAUGACUGAGAAACUCAAUGCUUUGUUGGGUAAUGGCACUUGGGUUUUGGUGGAUCUUCUUGCUGGUAAACGAGCCAGUGGUUGUAAAUGGGUGUUCACAAGUUGAAGGCUCGCCUUGUUGCCAAGGGAUAUGCACAGGUUUAUGGCAUUGACUACAAUGACACAUUUUCUCCCGUUGCAAAGCUUACAUCUAUUCGUCUGUUAAUUUUCUUGGUAGCCACUCAUCAUUGGGCCUUGCUUUAGUUAGAUAUCAAGAAUGCUUUCUUGCAUGGUGAUCUUGAUGAUACUAUCUAUAUGAGCAAUCUCAAGGGGAAUCUCAUAAGGUGUGCUAUCUUCGAAAAUCUUUGUAUGGUUUGAAACAGAGUCCACAUGCAUGGUUUGAUACGUUUACUCGUGUUGUUGAGAAGUUUGGCAUGACGAAGAGUAAAUAUGAUGAUUCUGUUUUC